GUUCCUGUGGAAAAGAUGUCAAAAAACACUACAGACAACUCAACUAUCAGUCAACCAGCUGUUCUAGGUGUGUUCCUGGGAAGCAUUUCACUCAUCACUAUUGUUAUGAAUAUAUUAGUACUAUGUGCUGUGAAAACUGAAAGGAAGCUGCAAACCGUUGGCAAUUUAUACAUUGUCAGCCUCUCUAUUGCAGAUCUGAUUGUUGGUUCAGCUGUUAUGCCCCUGAACAUUGUUUAUCUCCUCAAUUCUCAGUGGAUUCUAGGCUUAUCAGCCUGUUUGUUCUGGCUGUCAAUGGAUUAUGUGGCCAGUACUGCAUCCAUUUUCAAUCUCUUCAUAUUGUGCAUUGAUCGUUAUCGUUCAGUUCAGCAACCACUGAAAUAUCUCAGGUAUAGAACAAAAAGGAGAGCUUCAGUAAUGAUUUUGGGGGUUUGGUUGCUCUCUUUCAUGUGGGUCAUCCCAAUCCUAGGAUGGCAUGUUUUUGCUAACCAUGGGAAAAGGAAAGUAACCGAAACCAAGUGUGAAACUGAAUUCUCGGAAGUCACCUGGUUUAAAGUGUUGACAGCCAUUGUGAACUUCUACAUACCCUCUAUCAUGAUGUUGUGGUUCUACUAUAAAAUAUUCAGAGCUGUUAGAAAACACUGUCAACACCGAGAGCUCAUCAAUGGAUCACAUCAGCCUGUCUCAGAAAAAAACUCCAAACAUCAUUGUAAGAUGGACAAGCAAAACGUUUGCAUUCAAAAUCAAAUCUUAGAUGAGAACAGCCCUCCAAAACACAAACAAAUCUCCCCUCAGCCUGAAAAUAUGGGGGCAGAGCUUCAGUUCAGUGAUCCUGACAAGUCUUCAAAGACAUUCGUUGGCAAGAGUAAUAGGAGAAUCCUUAAAUGGGGCUGUUUCCCUCUCACCACUGCCCAGUCUGAGUCAGGCCAAGAUAAAGCAGGAAAGAAGCAUGUGUGUGUAACAGAAGAGAACAAAACUGAAGAGGAGACUUGCUCACAAGACAGUGACUUAAGUGAUGCAUCAGACAGCCAGACUUUCACUGAUGAGGUACCUAACGGAGAGGGCUCCAAUCCUAACCAUGAAAGAGCUGGCAGUCCUCAGGAAAAGACGGAGAACAGGGAUUUCAAAGGACUGUCUUACCUGAGGAAAACCUGGCAAAGUCUGCAUGCCCAUUCCAAAACACACACUCAAGGACUGCAUGUGAACAGGGAGAGAAAAGCAGCUAAGCAGUUAGGGGUCAUAAUGGCAGCCUUUAUGUUGUGCUGGAUUCCCUAUUUUGUAUUGUUUAUGGUAAUAGCUUUCCAUGGGCAUGAAAGAUUUUCAAAGUUACACAUGUUCACUAUAUGGCUUGGCUAUGUGAACUCCACCUUGAACCCAUUCUUGUAUCCUCUUUGUAAUCAGAAUUUCAAGAAGACAUUCAAAAAGAUCUUUCACAUUCACUGA